AUGGUGUCGGCGGAGUUGUCCGCGCCUGGGAAACGUCUCGGGGUGCGCUGCCCCCCAGCAGUGCUCGCCGUCCCGUUGGCUCUGAAAGAGACCCCGGCCUCGCAGCGGGGACCCUACGAAAAAGCCGUUUAUUCCGAUUCUGGAUCGGAGUCCGACUCCGAUCAGGAGAACGCUGGCUCUGGCAGUAAUGCUUCUGGAAGCGACAGUGACCAAGAUGAUGACAGAGAGGCAAUAAAACCCAGCAAUAAGGAGUUAUUUGGGGAUGACAGUGAGGACGAAGGGGCAUCCCAUCACACGGGGAGUGACAACCACUCUGAAAGAUCCUACAAUCGCUCUGAAGCUUCGGGACAUUCUGAGCACGAAGAUAAUGAUCAGUCAGACGUGGACCAGCACAGUGUUUCAGAAGCUGCUCAUGAUGAUGAGGAGGAUGAUCGUGGGCACGGCUCAGAUGAAGGCAGUCAUCACUCAGAGGGAGAUGGUUCUGAGAAAGCACAUUCAGAGGAUGAGAAGUGGGGCAAGGAGGACAAAAGCGAUCAGUCAGACGAUGAGGAGAGGCAGCAGAACUCGGAUGAUGAGGAGAGACAGCAGAACUCUGACGAUGAGGAGAAAGUGCAGAACUCUGACGAAGAUGAAAGGCCACAGAUAUCUGAUGAUGAGGAAAGACUCCAGAACUCGGACGAGGAGAAAAUGCAGAACUCUGAUGAUGAGGAGAGGCCGCAGGCUUCAGACGAGGAGAAGAUGCAGAACUCGGAUGAUGACGAAAGGGCCCAGCAUUCUGAUGAGGAGAAGAUGCAGAACUCUGACGAUGACGAAAGGGCCCAGCACUCCGAUGAGGAGGACCAAGAGCAUAAAUCUGAGUCUGCGAGGGGCAGCGAUAGCGAGGAUGAAGUUCUGCGAAUGAAGCGAAAGAAACCGAUUGCGUCCGAUUCCGAAGCGGACAGCGAUACGGAAGGACAGAAAGAGCACGCAGACGUCAUGGAUCUGUUUGGAGGCGCAGAUGACAUUUCCUCAGGGAGUGAUGGAGAAGACAAGCCACCAACUCCGGGACAGCCCAUUGAUGAGAAUGGACUGAGUCAAGAACAACAGGAAGAAGAGCCUAUACCAGAGACUAGGAUAGAGGUAGAAAUACCAAAAGUAAACACAGACUUGGGUAAUGAUUUGUAUUUUGUGAAGCUGCCCAACUUCCUUAGCGUGGAGCCCAGACCUUUUGAUCCCCAGUAUUAUGAAGAUGAAUUUGAAGAUGAGGAGAUGCUUGAUGAAGAGGGCAGAACCAGGUUAAAGCUGAAGGUGGAAAACACAAUACGAUGGCGGAUGCGACGAGAUGAGGAAGGGAAUGAGAUCAGAGAAAGUAACGCACGGAUUGUCAAAUGGUCAGAUGGAAGCAUGUCUCUCCACUUGGGCAAUGAGGUCUUUGACGUGUACAAGGCACCGCUACAGGGAGAUCACAACCAUUUGUUUAUCAGACAAGGGACAGGUCUACAAGGCCAGGCUGUUUUCAAGACAAAGUUAACCUUCAGGCCACACUCUACGGACAGUGCCACUCACAGGAAGAUGACUCUGUCUCUGGCAGACAGAUGUUCAAAGACCCAGAAAAUUCGUAUUCUGCCAAUGGCAGGUCGUGAUCCAGAGUCUCAGCGCACAGAAAUGAUUAAGAAAGAAGAGGAGAGAUUAAGAGCUUCCAUCCGUAGAGAGUCUCAGCAGCGAAGAAUGAGGGAGAAACAGCAUCAGCGUGGUCUGAGUGCAAACUAUUUGGAACCUGAUCGCUACGAUGAAGAGGAUGAGGGAGAUGAUGCAAUCAGUCUAGCAGCUAUCAAAAACAGAUACAAAGGUGGCAUCAGAGAGGAACGUGCUAGAAUCUACUCUUCUGACAGUGACGAAGGCUCAGAUGAAGAUAAAACACAAAGACUACUCAAGGCAAAGAAACUUACGAGUGAUGAGGAAGGUGAACCUUCUGGAAAGAGAAAAGCAGAGGAUGAUGAUAAAGCAAGUAAGAAGCAUAAGAAAUAUGUGAUCAGCGAUGAAGAGGAAGAUGAUGAUGAUUAAUAUUAAGGAAGCACAAAAGUUGAUUUUUUUUUUAUAUAUAUAUUUAUAUAUAUAUUGUACAGUUCUCUUACAGCAAAGAUGUAAGUAACCAUAAUGGGGUUAUUUUGAUAAAGGAAAAUUCCACUGAAGUCUGCAUUUCUGGUGUGAAUAAAGUUUUUUU